AUGGACAGGACACGAGUAGCUAAGGUUGAAGAUGUCACCCUUGCACGAAGGGGUAACCAGGUUACAGGCACUCUACAUCUAACUCCCCAUCACCUCAUCUUCUCUCAUACCCCGCAUGUCUCCGAGGAAGCCCUGGCAUCCGGAACUCCCAUCCGUCCACGCGAGAUGUGGAUUACAUAUCCCAUAAUAUCAUUCUGCACACUCCGUACAGCGCCGACCGUUUCGAGACAGCCCUCCUCCAUCCGCCUACGGUGCCGCGACUUUACGUUUGUAUGCUUCUAUUUCGCCAACGAGAACAAGGCGCGUGAUGUGUACGAUACAUUGAAACAGUGGACAUGCAGGAUUGGUCGAGUUGAGAAAUUGUAUGCUUUCACAUAUCAACCGCCGCCUCCCGAGCAAGGGUUGGAUGGAUGGCAGUUGUAUGAUGCUCGCAAGGAAUGGAACCGGCAGGGAGUUGGAAGGGAAGGAAGCAAUGUGAACUGGCGCAUAUCGGCUAUAAAUGCUGAUUAUUCUUUUUCUCCCACCUAUCCCGAUAUGCUGGUUGUCCCAUCCAACAUAUCCGAUAAUACCCUCAACUACGCGGCGAGAUACCGCUCAAGAGCGCGAAUACCGGUGCUUACGUACCUCCAUCCUGUGAAUAAUUGCUCAAUUACGAGAAGCUCUCAACCAUUAGUGGGAGUGCGACAGAACCGGAGUAUCCAGGACGAAAAAUUACUGGCUGCUAUAUUCUCUACUUCUCAAUCAGACAGACCACUAGCUGGAUUCACACCUCCGUCUCUCGAUCAAGAAUCUACCAAUUCAAGCUGGGAGGAAGGUGCCUCAUCACAAAGCCAGGAAUUCUACUUGACGAAUGCUGAAGAACUGGAGGAUGAAGUCAUCUCUGCCGCUCGCGGAGAUAGGCCAGAGAAACCCUCAGUGUACGGCGCCCAGCAGCGCAACCUCAUAGUUGAUGCUCGGCCGACUGUAAAUGCCUUUGCGAUGCAGGCAGUGGGACUCGGAUCUGAGAAUAUGGACAACUACAAGUUCGCUACGAAGGCUUAUCUGGGGAUUGACAAUAUUCAUGUGAUGAGAGACUCGUUAAACAAAGUGGUUGAAGCACUUAAAGAGUCCGAUGUGACGCCAUUGCGGCCGAAUAGGGAACUACUUGCGAAAAGCAAUUGGUUGAAAUACAUCUCGGUAAUCCUGGAGGGUGCGAGUCUGAUUGCCCGCCAGGUCGGACUCCAGCAUUCACAUGUCCUUAUCCAUUGCUCAGAUGGUUGGGACCGCACAAGCCAGUUGAGCGCUCUUAGUCAGAUCUGUCUCGAUCCAUAUUACCGCACCUUGGAAGGGUUCAUUGUUCUAGUCGAAAAAGACUGGCUCUCAUUUGGCCACAUGUUCCGCCAUCGAGCAGGUCUUCUAAACAGUGAAAAAUGGUUCCAGAUUGAGAAUGAGAGGAUAGGCGGCGAUACGAAUCGGUCCUUUGGUGAAACUAGCGAGCCACGGAAAGCUCUUGAAAACGCCUUCCUCAGCGCUAAAAACUUCUUCAACCAAAAGAACAAUAGCCGAGACUCUCUUGUUGAUGAUGAUGGCGAGGGAUCAAAUCUUGACAGUGACAGUCCGCUGAAAAAGCCCAACCCAACACCCCGGUCGGCAGCCAGUGAAAAGGAGACGACAAAGGUCAAAGAAACUAGUCCCGUCUUCCAUCAAUUCCUUGAUGCGACAUAUCAACUUCUUUAUCAAUAUCCAACUCGAUUUGAGUUUAACGAGCGUUUCCUUCGCAGGCUUUUGUACCAUCUCUACUCGUGUCAAUAUGGAACCUUCCUUUACAACAAUGAGAAGGAGCGGGUAGACUGCAACGCGAAGACCAAGACAAGAAGUGUCUGGGAUUAUUUUCUAGCUCGCAGGGAGCAGUUCAUCAACCCGAAUUACGACCCUUUGAUUGAUGACAAGCAGCGUGCCCAUGAACGACUUAUCUUUCCUCGUAUAGACGAGGUCCGCUGGUGGAGCGAAGCAUUUGGCCGCACAGAUGUUGAAAUGAAUGGUUCUCGAACGACUGCAAACCCGGGAUUCCCUUAUCUAUCCGGUCAGACUACGGGCAGAAACAGUCCUGUACUCGCUGGUGUUGAGACUACAGAUACUGUUAUAGGCGAUGUUCCUCCUAGCCGGCCGUUACAUGCUGGCAUAUCGAGUCUCACCACGGAGCUGUCGAAUAUGAGUAUGCCGAAAUUCAGUCACGAUGCUGACAGUAGCAUCAAAAAUGAGGUGGAACUCGAGAUGCAAAAAGGAGCUGCGCUAUUCCCUUUUAAGCAUCUAGCUCCAUUUGCGCGGUCCCGUCUUUUCACCAACUUCUUCGGAGCCCUCACGACAACCCGUCAACACCAUCUCGACAGACUCGACAGAAUCUCGACUUCUGCAACCAUGGCCGCUACACAGGGUGCUAUCUCCAAGCGUCGUAAGUUCGUCGCCGACGGUGUUUUCUAUGCCGAAUUGAACGAGUUCUUCCAGCGCGAACUCGCUGAGGAGGGUUACUCUGGCGUUGAAGUCCGUGUCACUCCCACUGUGACCGAUAUCAUCAUCCGCGCCACCCACACCCAAGAAGUCCUUGGUGAACAAGGUCGCCGCAUCCGUGAGCUCACCUCCCUCAUCCAGAAGCGAUUCAAGUUCCCCGAGAACUCCGUCUCCCUCUACGCCGCCAAGGUCCAGAACCGUGGUCUUUCCGCCGUCGCUCAGUGCGAGUCCCUCCGCUACAAGCUCCUCAACGGUCUUGCCGUCCGAAGAGCCUGCUAUGGUGUCCUCCGUUUCAUCAUGGAGAGCGGUGCCAAGGGUUGCGAGGUUGUUGUCUCUGGCAAGCUCCGUGCUGCUCGUGCCAAGUCCAUGAAGUUCACUGAUGGUUUCAUGAUCCACUCCGGUCAACCCGCCAAAGAAUUCAUCGACAGCGCCACCCGUCACGUUCUCCUCCGCCAAGGUGUCCUUGGUAUCAAGGUCAAGAUCAUGCGCGGUUCCGACCCCGAGGGCAAGUCCGGUCCUCAGAAGACCCUCCCCGACGCCGUCACCAUCAUUGAGCCCAAGGAAGAACAACCCAUCCUCCAGCCCGUCAGCCAGGACUACGGCGCCAAGGCUCUCGCUGCCCAGCAACUCGCCGAGCAGCAGCGAUUGGCAGAGCAGCAGGAGGCUGAGGGAGCAGAGGGUGCUGCACCAGCAGAAUACGUUCAGGAGUAA